AUGGGCAGACGUGGAGACUACCAAGCGAAACAUUUUCAAUUCGACCUUCUCAGCGCAGCUGCAUUUGCAAACAACGUUCCUCUUUUGGAGAGUCUGAUAGAAAAGGAACUAAGAUGGCAAGGAGAUACUUUUGGGAAUCCAUUUCUGGUGGCCACGAUGGCAAGAAAUUACGAAGUCUUGAGUCUACUUUUUGCCGCGGGUGAUAGGAAACAUCUACUGUGCAGCUCAGGGCGCAUCUAUCUCCUGUCCAAAGUGGCUGAGAAAGGAGACAUCGAGAUGGUGCUGCACAUUCUCCAGUCAGGCCCCGAUUUUCUUACGGAAAUAUCAUCAGUACCGAGGAAAAGGGGGCGCACGUGGCCAAUGAGACAGAUUCGAUGUCUCCUAUACACGCCUAGUGUGGAGAUAUUCGAACUGAUGAAAAAGGAGCUGGAAUCGAGAAAGAUAUCUCACUUGAACAGCCCGAAAUGGACAUUGGAGAUACUUAUCCACGCAAUCCGGUGGGGAUGGGUGGAAAUGACAAGAUAUCUGAUUACUUUUGGAGCACGUCUUGAUCUUCCACAAAGGAAUGCUGGGGUCACAGAAAAUGCUCUAUACUGGGCAUGCAGAGAAGGGAACGAUGAUAUUGUCGAAGCUUUAUUUGACAGCGGUGCGCAGAUUUGUGGCUCAGAAGUCGGCAUCGCCGCAUCGAACGGCCACACGUCAGUUGUCAAGAGCCUCCUAGAGAAGGGGGCAGAUGUACAUGCAACGGCUUCGAGAAACUCGCUCUACGGUGCAGCGAGGAAAGGCUACAUGGACACCACCAGAGUGUUGCUUGACGCGGGUAUGGACCCAAAUACUGGUGAUACGCCACCGCUAUUUGGUGCAAUUGAAUCGGAGCACGAGGGUAUCUUUAGACUGCUCGUUGAUCGAGGGGCUGACGUCGCCUAUGUUUCUCCCGAGGCUAGGAGACAAGCGGAGGCUGCGGGUUUGGAAUCUAUGAUGGCACUGCUGGGCGAAUAUGAAUCACAGGAGCAUACCGAGGUGCUCCGGUAG